AUGAGCAAUCUCAGGCUGAUUUCAGUGCAUUUGAACAAACUUGUAAUCUCAACAAAGAAGCCAGUGAAUUGGAGUUUAUUGAACCAGCUAAUCCCAGACUUGAAUGGAUAUCUGAAUAAUCUAGUUUUUAUUCUGAAAUCCACAAAGUCUCACUUGCUCAAGAAGAAUUGGCUGGGUAUCUUCAACGACAUCCUCGAUAACAUCCAUGGAUUACUGUCCAGCGUUAUAGAAUACAGCUACAGUGAUAUCAUGAAUCACGCUGAAAUCAUUCAUCAAAUAUCCCUCUCCAAUCUCCCUUGUUCUGAACUACAGGCUUUGAAGACGUCCCUUUACUCCCUCCUAGACAUAUUCAAGGACACGCAAAACGAGAUCAGCGAUUUAGACCUCGUUGAAAGCGACUUGUCGGACAAAGGUCAGAAAAUUCUCAAAAUUUCUCACUCACUUCCCAAUAAAUUCGAGCAAUUGAUAGACUCAAUAAAAGAUACAGACAAUCUCCAUCAAAUACACACUAAAUCCACCCAGUUGUCAGAUAUCUGGGAUGACGUAGUGUACAACCUCGAUGACGAUCAUUCGGAUGACUUUAACCAGUCAGCUGAUAACUUGAUGCGGGUGUACAACGACAUAUUUAGCAGCGUGCAAGUUGACCUAUCCAAGUUGAAGAUAUGA